AUGAAAAAGCAGUCGGCCUCUCUCAACGAAGUGUCCAGAGUGGAUCUUGACCGAAGAUUCGUUCUCGCUCAUGUUAUCGAUGCGCUUACUUGGGGGGUCUCUGCCGGUGUCUCUAUUUACUACACGGUCCGCGCACCACGAGAUGGUCCCACCAUCGGGGCGCGCAUUUGGGACCAGAAUUUUCAGUAUGAGACGGGCCUGACCAUUGAUCCAAACAUGGUCAUUGCCUACUGGGUAGGAAUGCAUGUCGCGCUCUUUGUGCACAUGCUGGCCAAUAUUUUCGCGCCCUCUAACGACAUCAGCUACAUCACAAUCAGCAAUCAUUUCAGCAUCAACAAUUUACUUCACGUUGUUUUUCUGGUCUUGUUUCAAGCUUUCACACUUCACUCGCAUUUCAGUUAUCUGCGGCCCUCUUGCCUGGAAUUUUAUUGCCAUCUUUUGGAACUGGGCAAUUGCCGUACAGCCGGAAUCGGCUACAACGAUACUAUCGAGGGCUUUGGUCUCUUUUUCGUCUGGGCAAUUCUCGGGUAUGGAGCGUUUUCCCUCUUUGUCUUCCAAGACCUUGCAAUGGCUUUCUUGCUGGCGUACCUCUGCGCCAGUAUCGCCGUCGCGCAGCAUUUUCUCCAACGCAGUGAUCGAAUGUGGAUUCCGCCUGUCGUGAUUGCAAGUCUUCUGGUGGUAAUGAUGUGUGCUGUCGCCGCUCGGUGCCUCUGGAAUCUACGAGCGGUACGUCGGAAGAAAGUGAACGAGUCUGUGGACGCUGAAUUCGAUGAGCGUAAGGAAUCAUGCUAA